CAAUGGUAACGUGUCGGCCUCUCAUCCGAGGGGUCGGCGGUUCGCGCCCCGCCCAGGCGCGAGAAGUUGCAAUUGUCGCCUGGAGGUCACUGCUGUGGCUGGGCACCACGGUGGGUAAGGACUAAGCUCAUCCGAGUCAGCACCUGCUGACACACUGUUAGCGAGUCGACAUUAGUCGGCACAGGCCGGGCUCCCCCAUAGCCCGGGCGAGGCUCAGCUUCGCAUAUCGGACUUAUCCUUAUCCUUACUGAGUGACCAGCAUCAGUUACAUCUGAAACAUCCUAUUCAUCAUGAACGCCAAGGUCCUCAUCCUCCUAGGUCUGGCAGCCAUUGCCGCUGCCGACAGCUUCGAAUCUUUCGAAUACAGACCCCCACAGCACCGCUCCUCUGAGGAAUCCUACGAGUCCGGAGAAGCAAAGUACGACUUCCAAUGGGCCGUAAAGCACGACGACUCCGGCAACGACUUCAGACACCAGGAGGCCCGUGACGGUGAAGACACUCAGGGAUCAUACUACGUGCAGCUCCCCGACGGCCGCCUCCAGACCGUGAGAUACAUCGUGGACGGUCAUGACGGCUACGUUGCCGAUGUCAACUACGAGGACGAGGCUCGUUUCCCAGAUUCCUUCGAGUCUGCUUCCUUCGAGUCCCGCGAAUACAGGCCACGAUACGUCUACGACUCCAAUGAGUCCAAAUAAAGAUGCUCAAGGAAACCUGAACCAAUAGUGCUGUUUAUAACUUGUGAAACUAUCUAUUUUUUAUAUGAAUAAAUGUGCAUUUUGAA